UUUUGUUAGGUGAAUGAUAUUUUAGCACUUCGGAUUAUACGAUACAUAAAUGAGAAAUGUUCGGGCUGACUUGAAACAAGAUUAUGAUUUUUCUGUAAAGGUUUUAGUGAACUUCAUUAGCCCUGAGAGCGUUAUGCAGCUGGAGCAGAGCUGCUUCUUCACAUGUCAGUAUUCACACGAAACACACUGAAGAUCAAAGGGACACGCAUGUCACUAGACCACGCCCCCCUCUGACCGGCCUUCUCUGCUGAUUGGAGGACCGGACAGGGCCACACGCCCCUCUGCCGGCUGAUUGGCCGAGAGGGCUGCAAUAAAAAACCCCAAAUAAUGAUCCCACGAGGGACACAGACGCUAGCCGUGAUCGGAGCGCAGGAGGACAGACGCUCUCUUCAGGAUGAUUAUGAGCCUCUGUGGACUCACCGAAGCACGGAGAUGAUCCGAGUUCUGCUGGUUCUGCUGGUGCUGGGGUCAGCCGGGGGCAGGAGGGCUCGGGGUCAGCGGGCUCAGACGCCCGAGAGCUUUCCUCUGGACUUCACAGCCGUGGAGGGGAACAUGGAGAGCUUCAUGACUCAGGUGAAGAACCUGGCUCAGUCCCUGUAUCCCUGCUCGACCCAGAAACUGGACCAGGAGAUGAAGCUUCGGUUCCUGAGGAACUCGUCGGUCACCUGCAACGACGGCUCGCCCGCCGGAUACUACAUAAAGGAAUCACGAGGCAGCCGGCGAUGGCUGAUGUUCCUGGAGGGUGGCUGGUACUGCUUCAGUAAACACACCUGUGACAGCAGAUACGAGACCAUGAGGAGACUCAUGAGCUCCAGCAAAUGGCCUCCCGCCAGGACAGGAACAGGCAUCCUGUCGUCUCAGCCCGAGGAGAAUCCUCACUGGUGGAACGCAAACACAGUGUUUGUGCCGUACUGCUCCAGUGAUGUUUGGAGCGGCUCCAGAGCGAAGACAGACCAGAGUGAUUAUGCGUUCAUGGGAUCUCAGAUCAUUCAGGAGGUGGUUAAGGAGCUGGUCACUAAAGGUCUGGACGGUGCUAAAGUGCUGCUGCUGGCCGGAAGCAGCGCCGGAGGUACCGGGGUGCUGCUGAACGUGGACCGCGUGUCGGAGCUGCUGGAGGACCUGGGUCUCGGUUCGGUUCAGGUCCGGGGUUUAGUGGACUCGGGCUGGUUUCUGGAUCAUAAACAGUACCGCUGGACCGACUGCAUCGACACCAUCAGCUGCGCUCCGACCGAGGCCAUCAAGAGAGGAGUGGGGUUCUGGAGCAGCGUGGUUCCGGAGCGCUGCAGUCGAGUGUAUCACGGAGAGGACUGGAACUGCUUCUUUGGUUAUAAGGUUCAGCCCACACUGAAGAGGCCGGUGUUUGUGGUUCAGUGGUUGUUUGACGAGGCUCAGCUGAUGGUUGAUAACGUCCAUCUGACGGGUCAGCCGGUGCAGGAGGGUCAGUGGAGAUACAUCCAGAACCUGGGCAGCGAACUCAGAAACACCCUUAAAAGUGUCCCGGCCAUGUUCGCUCCCGCCUGCUUGUCUCAUGAGAUCAUCACAAGAAGCUACUGGAUGGACAUCCACGUCAAAGGCACCUCGCUCCCUCGAGCGCUGCAGUGCUGGGACCGCAGCCUCCGUCACCACGGCAACAGCAGCGGCAUCGCUCAGGCUCCGCCCCGGGGCUGCCCUCUUCACUUGAUUGACAGCUGCCCGUGGCCCCACUGCAACCCCACCUGCCCCAGCAUCAGAGAGCAGCUGACGGGGCAGGAGAUGAGCGUCAUCCAGUUCCUCACGCACCUGGGCUUCGACGUGCAGCGCGUGGCUCAGCAGCAGGGCAUGGAGCCCCACAAACUGCUGGGCAUGCUCAGUAACGGCUCCUGAAUGAGGGGCCACUGCUACAGCGCCAAAAAAAGAGCAUUCAGUGAAGCUAAAAACAAGCCCAUAUCUAUAAGCACUCGCGUGAUGUUUCCAUCGAGGGACGGUAUUGCAUUUAUAAUGGCAAGGUUUAUAACCUUUUUAGAAAAACAGGCAUUUAGUAGAUGUCUCAUUCUUACUAUUUUUAAGAUAUGGCAGAAAUAAGUAGUAGAGCCUGGUUCCGAAUACAUCAGCUUGAAUUAUUGGCCCAACAGUUUUGUUAGAAAAUGCUGAUUUGUUUGCGAAUGAAGCAACUGCCUGACUUUAUGCAUGAGUCAUUGAAUCAUUGACUCAACCGAUUCAUUCAAAAUAGAUGGUUCAUUCAGCAAAGCAAGUGACUGCCUGUUUGAAUGAGUCACUGAAUCACCGACUCAACUGAUUUAUUCGAAACGGCUGGUUCAUUUGACAAAAAAAACAACAACUACUGACUGUGUUGGUGAAUGAGUCACUGAACUGUUGACUCAGCCAGUUCAUUCGAAACAGAUGGUUAAUCCAAGUCAGUGAAUCGUUGACAACUGAUUCAUUCGGCAGCGAAGCAAGUGACUUGCUGAAUUUAGAAACACAUACUAGUAUACUAUUCUUACUAUUUUUAGGAUAUCUUUGCAUGGCAGAAAUAGUAAGAGUUGUGAGUUAGUAGUGCAUGUUUCUGAAUACAGCAACUGUCUUUAUGAAUGAAUCACUGAAUCAAUGACACAAGUAUUCAUAAAAACAACUCAUUAGGGAGUCAAUGAAUCACUGACUCAACCAAUCUGUUCAAAGAGAACGAUUUAUUCAGAAAUGAGGAAAGUGACUGUCUUUACGAAUGGGUCACUGAAUCAUUGUCUCAACUGAAUCAUUCAAAAUGGAUGAUUCUAAACAAGAGACUGACUCAUUCAAGACACCGAUUCAAUUAAUUAGUUCAAAAUGGCUGAUUUAAGAAAACUGCACUGACUCAACCCAAUCAUUCAAACAGUUGAUUCGUUCCGAAAUUAUGCAAGUGGCUAACUUCACCAAUGAACUCAAGAGUUGUAUAUAAUGGUUAAUUAAUUCAGGUACAAAGCAAGUGACGGUCUUUAUUAAUCAGUCAUUGAAUCAUUGAUUCAACUGAUUCAUUCAGAAAAGCUGAAUCAUUCAGGAACUGUGUUGAACAGAGAUGCAGUGGUUAUGCUGUGAUUCUGAAAUAGUUAGGUUGGUGGAAUAGAGCAACUAUAUUGUGUCUAAAAUGUCUCUUAAUAUUAAUUUAUACAGCACAUUUUUACAGAUUUAUUUAUUAAUUAUACAGCAUUGUAUCACACCAGUGAACUGACUUCUAACCCAACACAUAAGAGCUGAGGUUUGUGUGUGAUCUCACAGGCGCCAUCAUCUUCUAUAUCACAUCAUAUCACUUGAUGGACUGCAGCAACAAUCUUACUCUGCAGAUAAAGGACAAACUCCCUGAGGCUUUUCACAAGUACUGGAAAUACCAAAAUCAAGACUAGAGUCCUUAGAGACACACGAACGCCUCACAGACAUGUUUAUAUGAAAACAUCUCUCCCCUAAAAGACUGGAUAUAAUCAUCUGGUGAAGAAUGGCUGAAUGGAUCACAAAAUCUGUAGAGAACAUGUAUAAUGUGUGUAUGUAUGUACACACACACACACACACACACACACACACACACACACACACACACACACACACACACACACACACACACA